GAUCAAUGAAGCCGAGUGAAUGGGCUACCCGCGCGAGUCCACAGCAGAAGCGCAGCGCCCGGCAGUGCAGGGCUGCGCCGAUCGAGGAAACUCUUGAGUUCUUCCUGAAUUGCCAGUGUUCAGCCUCCUCAUGCCUCCAUCUCCUUUAGACGACAGGGUAGUGGUGGCACUGUCUAGGCCUGUCCGACCUCAGGAUCUCAGCCUUUCUUUAGACUCCAGUUACCUUGGUGCUGCCACCCCCAGCAGUAGUGGCCAUCCUUCUGUCAUCGCCACCACUGUUGUGUCCCUCAAGGCUGUGAAUCUGACGUAUAUGCCCUCAUCCAGCGGCUCUGCCCGCUCCCUGAAUUGUGGAUGCAGCAGUGCCAGUUGCUGCACUGUGGCAGCCUACGACAAGGACAGUCAGGCCCAGACCCAAGCCAUUGCUGCCGGCACUGCUGUUCCCGCCGUCGGAACCUCUGCCGCCUGCCCUGCCAACCAGAUGGUCAACAACAAUGAGAACACAGGCUCUCUAGGUCCAUCGGGAGGGGUGGGCAGCCCCAUGACAGGGGCCCCCAAGCAGCUCACCAGCAUCAGAAUCAUCUACCCCAACGACUUGGCCAAGAAGAUGACCAAGGGCAGCAAGAGCCACCUGCCCAGCCAGGGCCCUGUCAUCAUCGACUGCAGGCCCUUCAUGGAGUACAACAAGAGCCACAUCCAAGGAGCGGUCCAUGUCAACUGUGCUGACAAGAUCAGCCGGCGGAGGCUGCAGCAGGGCAAGAUCACCGUCCUGGACUUGAUUUCCUGUAGGGAAGGCAAGGACUCUUUCAGGAGGAUCUUUUCCAAAGAAAUCAUAGUUUAUGAUGAGAACACCAAUGAGCCGAGCCGGGUGAUGCCCUCCCAGCCUCUUCACAUAGUCCUGGAGUCCCUGAAGAGAGAAGGCAAAGACCCCCUGGUGUUGAAAGGAGGGCUCAGCAGCUUCAGGCAGAACCAUGAGAACUUGUGCGACAGCUCCCUGCAGCUGCAGGAGUGUCAGGAGGCCGGGGCCGCGGGGCCCAGCGCGCUCCCUCAGCCCGUGCCCAGCACGCCCGACAUCGAGAGCGCGGAGCUCACGCCCAUCCUGCCGUUCCUCUUCCUGGGCAACGAGCAGGACGCGCAGGACCUGGACACCAUGCGGCGGCUCAACAUCGGCUAUGUGAUCAACGUCACCACGCACCUGCCGCUCUACCACUACGAGCAGGGGCUGCUCCGCUACAAGCGCCUGCCCGCCACGGACAGCAACAGACAGAACCUGCGGCAGUACUUCGAGGAGGCCUUCGAGUUCAUCGAGGAGGCCCAGCAGUGCGGCAAGGGGCUGCUCAUCCACUGCCAGGCCGGCGUGUCGCGGUCCGCCACCAUCGUCAUCGCCUACCUAAUGAAGCACACGUGGAUGACCAUGACCGAUGCGUACAAAUUCGUCAAAGGCAAACGACCAAUCAUUUCCCCCAACCUUAACUUCAUGGGGCAGUUGCUGGAGUUCGAGGAAGACCUCAACCACGGUGUGACCCCCCGGAUCCUGACACCCAAGCUCGCCGGCGUGGAGACAGCCGUGUGACAGCGAGCUCGGGGCAGGCGCUCCUGCCGGGGCUGCGGGGGGACGGGCGCUGGUCCUGUCAGGUUCUCUCUGUCUGUCCUUCAGCUGGGGUAUAGUUUGUGAAUGGAAGCAAACUGUUUAAAGACUACUUUUAAUGAGUACGAGAAGAAAACUUUUGAGGCCACUGAGAUUCACUUCCUGCAAAAUGACAAGCAGGGAGGUUGAAGAAGUCAUUUGUCAAGCCAACGAUAAAAACAUGUUAAAACUGGUUCUCCCCCUUUUCCUUUUAAGCUAUUUGUAGAGUUUACAACUAAAUAGUCUGUGCAGGCUCAUAGACCGAAGAUACCAAACCUUAAACCAAUGCAGACGAAUCCAAAGUGAGGAAGGAGACCCCGAAUGCUGCAGGCUCGGGCUCCCCGGGCCACCA